UCAUUUAUCUUCACAAUUCUGAGCUUCAUUCAACAGUGAUAAACAUUAGGAUAACAUUUCAUCAUAACGAUUUCUGUUCAAUUGGAAUCACUUGUUUUCUCAUGUUACUUUUUCCUUUGGCUCAACUUUGUUUCCGUGUUGAUUGUUGACAAUUGGAGAUGAAAAAUUGUUGAUUAAUUGUUUGUCUCUUUCUGUGUCUAUUAUUUUGAUUGUUUACUUUUAUAAAUUGUGUUUUUUUUGUGCCUACAAUCAAAUUAUUCAAUCGUCAUAAUCGUUAUCAUCAUCAUCAUCAUCAUCAUCUUAUUAUCAUGUCUUCCCAUUGAUUGUGAUUCAAUUUUCAAUCUCAUUAUAAACUUAUUAUUAUGUUAUUAUAUUUAGAUUGUAAUCUCAAUUUAAUUGUUAUCAAUUGUUUAUCAUCAAAAACCAUUUACAAUCAGUCUCAAAGUUCAAUGAGAUUAAUUUUCAAAUCUCAUUCACAACCUUAUCAUCACCAUCAUCAUCUUCAUCUUCAUCUUCAUCCUAAUCCAGAUCUUGAAUUACCAUGAAAUUUAAUCAACUGGAUUAAUCAACUAAUCAGUAAAGUUAAUCAUCAUCUCAUUCCAAGUAAAUAAUAAGAUAAAUGAAUGAUGAUUAUUAUUAAUUAAUUUUGUUCGUGAUAACAAUUCAAUUGGUUAAUCAUCUUAACGUAAACAAAAAAAAAUGGAUUAACAGUUAAUCAAUUAUUUUAAAUCACCAUAUCAACUAACUAAUGAUAAUAAUAUUUUCCAAAAUUGUAAAAUUAAUAAUCACAUCACAAUUAGCAAUUAGUUAAUGUUUUCAAUUGUUCCAAUUCCCUAAGUAUUUAAUUGUAAUAAGAUAAUCAAAAGUUUGAGUAGCUCAUUUUUUUAUAAACAAAAAUAUAUCAACUCAACUAAUAUCAAAAUCUAAUAACAAAACAAAUAAUCAUAUCCAAUAAUUUAGUUAAUUAUAUAUAUACGAGUUUCUAAAUUAGUGCAAAAAAAAAGAUAAUUAGUUAAUCAUGUUUGCCAAAUUAAAAGGGACUGGAACCUGUGGUACCUCUGGUCAACCUGGUCAACCGAUUCCAGCGACAUCGCCAGUGGAUAACAAUCCGAUCAGUCAAUUCUUUGAGAUCGGUAAACAAAUCGGAUCAGCUGGACCCGAAUUAGCAUGGAAAGUGUAUGAAGGUUAUCGUAAAUCUGAUGGAAAGGAAGUGUCUGUGUUUUAUUUUGACAAAAAGUGGACUGAAAAGUUUGGUAAAAGUUCAGGUAAACGUCGUGAGUGUAUUAGUGAAGUGUUAAAGUGCGGUGCCAUUCAAUUGGAUCGAUUUCGCCAUUCAAAGAUAUUACAAAUUGUAGCCAAAGUUGAAGAGACCAAUGAAAAUCUUGCCUUCGCCUCUGAGCCGAUAAUCGGAAGUUUGGCCAAUAUACUUGGCUAUCUUGAAGAUAGAUUAAGACAGGGAGUUCCCUCUGUAUUAAGGGAAUACACUUUCUCUGAAUUUGAGACAAAAUAUGGACUAUUACAGAUAACUGAGGCCCUCCUUUACCUACAUUAUUCAUGCAAAAUUAUCCAUCGAAAUAUCUGUCCACAAUCUGUGAUAAUUAAUAAACGGGGAACUUGGAAAUUAUCUGGCUUCGAGUUUACAGUUAAAUGUAAUGAUGGCGAUAACAUGCUGCCAGUUUCUUGUCCAGCAUUCACCUCAAAAUCACCGAAAAUGAGUCAACCUGAUCUUGAUUUCAUGGCCCCUGAAGUUCAAGCUUCUUCAGCAUGUAGCCCACAAAGUGACAUGUUUUCAUUUGGACUAUUGAUAUGCAGUAUUUUUAACAAUGGACGAUCACCAAUUCAAGCAGCUCUAUCAACGGCUAAUUACACCAAACAAUUAGAAACUUUAAAUCGAAGUGUUCAAGAACUUUUGGAUCGAAUGCCUAUUUUAUUAGCAGAAAAUGUUCCAAGUCUAUUGGAAGCCGCUUCCCGUAAAAGGCCAACCUCCCAAAGUUUUUCUAUGAUCAAAUACUUCAUGGAUCCAGGAGUUCAUGCACUUCAAUAUCUCGAUACUAUUCACAUGAAAGACUCAGUUCAUAAGGCGAAUUUUUAUCCAAGCCUUCGAGGUGUCCUCUGUACAAUUCCAAAGAAAAUGUGGUUCCAACACAUUUUGCCAACAAUUUGUGCUGAACUUCAAUUUAGUGACGUACUUGCAGCCGCCCUUCAGCCCAUUUUGUACAUUAUCGAGGAAUGUAACACCGACGAAUAUCAGAAUCAUAUUUUACCAAUAAUUCGUAAUCUUUACCAAGCACCCAAAUCGAUACAGGCAACUGUUACAUUAUUAGAAAAUAUAAAUAUUCUGAUUCGGAAAAGUGGUCAACAUGAAAUUAAAAAUGAAAUAUUACCCAUGCUAUUCAAUUCCCUGGACUCUACUCAACCUCAAGUUCAGAUAGCUGCUCUUAGUGCAAUAUCAGAGGUAAUUGAACACUUGGAGGAAGCAACAAUUAAGCAAAUUGUUAUACCAAAAGCAAGACAAAUACUGGAAGUUAAUGAUUCAAUUCAGGUUCAAACUAAUAUACUAAAUUGUGUUGCCAAGGUGAUUGAUAAUUUAGAGAAAAAUGAAAUUCUUGAUGAUGUGUUACCUUUAUUACUGGAAGCAAAAUUAACUGAAGUUUCCGUUCUGACGCCUGUUCUUGCAAUUUAUCGUCACAUGUUAAGUGACAAAAGAUUUGGACUCAAUGUUAAUCUUUUAGCAACCAAAGUGAUGCCCACACUGAUUCCGAUUAUUGUUUCACCAAAUAUAACAGUUGAAGAGUUUAACACUCUUGCUGAUUUACUCCAGGAAAUGUUGGAUCACAUUAAUCGAAAUCAAAGAAAUAAGCUCAAAUUGGAACGUAUGAGCACGUUUUCAACAGAAAAAUAUCCCUUGCAACAUAACCUUGACCAACCCACUGGUUAUCCUCAUCGACCUCCGUGCUUAAAACUGGCCACUAGACGUCAAUCAAUCUCAGUUGACGAUGUCCUGAAAACUACGACCACAGCGAUCAAUUCAAAUGCAUCUUCACCUGAUCUUAAUUUACUUCGAGUACAAACUAACCUUCCUUAUCGACGGCAUUCUGAUAAUGCUAUUGAACCACCAAGAAUUUUAAUCGGCUCAGCAUCUCCCGCCUAUGGUUCUGGAACUCUUUCCAUGACCUCAUCAAUGGCUAAUCUUCCUAGACGUCGACACUCAUCCGUUAAUCCAAAUGAAGUUAAAGGUUUAACUUACAAUUUUUUCAAUCCACCAAGACCAGUUCAUAAGACUGGAUCUAAUUCUGCAUUUAAAUUGGACUUUCCGAUUCCAGGUCGAACCUCACCAGGUCGAGGUCGCCGCUAUUCCGUUGCCACAAUAAUCAAUCAAUCUCAAAGCUCAUCUUCCACUUUACUUAAUCAACUAGGAACCGGAAUGCAACAACUUUUUGGUCGUUAAACUUGAAAAGGAAGCAAAUUGUUUCCAUUGAUUGGGAAUCGAUUGAAACUUUGAACAAGAAAAGACGAGAAAAACUUUCAACUUUAAUGCAACAAUAACAACAAUUGAUAAUUAAUUAAUCAUAAAAACAAUUAAUCAAUUUGCAAUUACCCAGAAAUCUAAUUAACUGUAAAUCCACUUCCCACUCUUAUCAUCAUCAUCACCAUCAUCAUUACAAGUUGAUUGUAUUCCUGUUAUCAUUAUUAAUCCAACAACCUAAAUCUCAUCACCAUUAAAUCACUCGAUUCCCUGUAUCUUAUUGUUACUCAUUACUAAUUAAAAAUAAAUAAACAAUUUAAUUUGACUGA